UUCCUGCCGGGGAAGAGGUGUGAGCUUGUUGUUGCAGAGAGGUUGUUGGACUCUACCAUUGUGAGUGUGAUGGGGUGGGCGUGAUCAGGGAUAGGGAGCUCCUCUGAUGAGUGGGGCGGAUAGCAGGCGCGGACCCUAAUCUGUUCCUGAGCUGUACACUGAAGCUAGAGGAGGGUAUCCUCUGUUACUUUACUACCAUAGGCCCCAGUCCUGGAUUUGAACCUCUUUUAUAGGAUGAUUUGGUCUUUAUCUAAAGGAGGAAUUACUGUUUUGAUGCCAAGACUGGUUCAGCAUGAGGCCUUGUGAAGAACUGAACAGUCAAAGGUAGUUAUUCGAAAACAAUCAUUAUUGUUCCAGUCCAGGUAUUGUUCAAAAGAUUACAUGAACAACACCCUCCUCAGAUUAGCAGAACAGGAACAAGAAACAGCUACAGCGUAGCACCUGGAAUAUCAGAACACAUACGGAGCAGAACACCGGACCAAGGUGCCCAGAAUUAUGCCAAUCUAGUCAGAAUCACCUGAAGGAUCAUACUGCAACAUUGCUGACUUGGCUGUAACGUCUCAGCGAUAGCAUGGCUGACCCUUACCAGAACAAUGUGUACCAGCAGGGAGGAGGUGACCCCUAUGGCACCUACGGAGAGGGAGGAGACCAGGAGGGCUACGGUUACCAGGGCGAGUCCUACCCUCAGGAGGAGGAUGCAGCCAGCGAUGCCACGGAGGGCCAUGAUGACGAGGACCAGAUGUACGAGGGGGAGUACCAGGGGAUCCCCCACCCUGACGAGGUGAAGGCGGCCCAGAGGGCAGCGAGGGCCAAGGUCAGGCAGGCUCAGGCAGGGGCCACAGAGCUGGAUGAACUGGCUGAGCAGUAUGAGGACAUCAUGGAGGAUUGUGGGCAUGGACGGUUCCAGUGGACCCUGUUUAUAGUGCUGGGCCUGGCCCUCAUGGCUGAUGGGGUGGAGUGCUUUGUGGUGGGGUUCGUGCUGCCCAGCGCGGAGAAGGACAUGUGCUUAUCCAAUGGAGAGAAAGGCAUGCUAGGUUUGAUAGUGUUCCUGGGCAUGAUGGUUGGGGCGUUCAUCUGGGGAGGCAUGGCAGACAAACUGGGCCGCCGGAAGUGUCUGAUCUGGGCACUCACCAUCAACUGUGUCUUCACCUUCCUCUCCUCCUUCGCCCAGGGAUAUGGCUUCUUUCUCUUCUUUAGGCUCAUCUCCGGCAUCGGUAUCGGAGGUUCUGUCCCCAUCGUCUACUCCUACUUCUCAGAGUUCCUUCAGAUGGAUAAGAGGGGGGAACACCUGAGCUGGCUGUGUAUGUUCUGGAUGGUGGGAGGCAUCUAUGCCUCCUUCACAGCCUGGGGAAUCAUCCCUCACUAUGGCUGGGGCUUCAGCAUGGGGACAGAGUUCCAGUUCCACAGCUGGAGGGUGUUUGUGCUGGUCUGUGCCCUGCCUGCCAUCACCUCCCUGGUGGGGCUCAUGUUCAUGCCUGAGAGCCCCAGGUUCCUCCUGGAGAAUGCCAAACAUGACGAGGCCUGGAUGAUCCUGAAGAAUGUCCAUGACACCAACUGGAGGGCAAAGGGCCAGCCUGAGAAGGUAUUCCAGGUGACACACAUCAAGGCUCCUAAGACCCAGGAGGAUGAGUUCAUUGAGAUCCAGAGUGCCACAGGGACGGCUAUACAGCGUUGGGCCGUCCGGACUCUCACUCUGUGCAAACUGGUGCUGAAGAACGUUGCUUCUCUCUUGGGACCUGAGCUGAGACUGAGUACACUGUUCAUGGCCAUCAUCUGGUUCACCAUGGCCUUCAGUUACUAUGGACUGGGUGUGUGGUUCCCUGACAUGAUCAAAUACCUGCAGCAAGAGGAGUAUGAGUCCAAAGUCAAGGUGUUCCACAGAGAGAGAGUAGAACGCUUCCACUUCAACUUCUCCCUGGAGAAUCAGAUCCACAGAGAGGGAGAAUACAUCAAUGACAAGUUUAUCAACAUACAGAUGAAGUCUGUUAAGUUUGAGGAUUCACUGUUUGAAGAUUGUUACUUUGAGGACAUCGAGUCCACUGAAACAAUGUUUGUGAACUGCACCAUCAGAUCCACCGUCUUCUAUAACACAGAUCUGUAUGAGGAAAGGUUCAUAGACUGUAGGCUGGAGAACACCACAUUCCUCCAUAAUAAGAAGGGUUGUCACCUGGACAUCGACGAGGAGAACGAUGUGCUCAUCUACCUGGUCAGCUUUCUGGGGUCCCUGGCUGUUCUACCCGGCAACAUCAUAUCAGCUCUGUUCAUGGAGAAGAUAGGCAGGGUUAAAAUCAUAGGCCUCUCCAUGCUGAUCUCAGCUGGCUGCACCUUCUUCCUGUUCCUGAGCUUCAGUCAGGCGGCCAUCAUAGCCUGGCAGUGUCUGUUCUGUGGGGUCAGCGUGGCAGCGUGGAACGGCAUUGAGGUCAUCACAGUGGAACUUUACCCAGCCUCCAAAAGAGCCACAGCGUUUGGGGUGUUGAAUGCUCUCUGUAAGCUGGCGGCCAUCCUGGGCACCUCCAUCUUUGCCUCCUUUGUGGGGGUCACCAAAGUCGUCCCCAUCCUCCUCUCCUGCACUGCUCUGGUGUGUGGAGGUCUGGUGGCCCUCAAGCUGCCCGAGACCCGGGAGAAGAUCCUCCAGUAAGGAGGUCAUACUGGCUAAAGGUCAAAGGUCACAGGAGCAAGGAGCUACCUUUACAGGCGAAGUUCAUCUGAGAGACACACAGGCAUUAUGCAAAAUUGGUUGUAAUCACCUGGAGCUGACAAGAGUUUAUCCCACCAACAUAGAGAUCCUUUAAUUACAUGCUAACUAACGGUGUUCUUCAUUGUCUGUUCUGUCUCACUAGUUAUGAUGUGUUUGGAGUGAAAUGCUUUAAAAUCAACUCCAAAAAUCUAAAUUAUUAUUGGGACUAAAUGGGAAUUUUUCUCUAAUUCCUUAUCUAUUGGUCUACAAAUCAUAGUUUGCCACGUUAAUGUACGAUAUUGUCGACCUCAGACACAAGAUAAGAAUUGGAAAAUAUGUAAAUCUCUUGAUGGGGACUGGUAACCAGAAACAGAUAUCUGGUCAAGGGAAUCUUUCUUCAGUACCAUUUUGAAUUCAGGUACUGUUUUGUUUUGCUAAAAAUAUGUUUUAAUCUUGGCCCUGCCUUAAUGAAUAGUUCUCAACUCAAACACUCUACCUUCUCUCCAAAAUGUAAACUAUAUUGACUGUAGUGUAGCAUUCCCUCCAUGUAUUCUCGCCUUGUGUUUCAAUCAACCCACAGUAUGUAGUGGGAAGACAGCAAAUAUCCUUCACCACAUCUAUACAUUUUAGCAGACGCUCUUAUCCAGAGCGACUUACAGUAGUGAAUGCAUACAUUUCAUAAUUAUUAUUUUUUUCCCCCCGUACUGGUCCCCCGUGGGAAUCAAACCCACAACCCUGGUGUUGCAAACACCAUGCUCUACCAACUGAGCCACACGGGACUAUAAUGCAUUUUUGAAUCAUUACCUUUAGUUGAGUGUUUGAGGUUAUAGUCCAUCAACCAGGGGUACAUUCAGUAGGUCGCCACUUAGGGAACAGCAUACAACUGCAAUUUACUGCAGUAUUCUCCAUCAAACUGAGGAGAUAACGUAUUUGGCCGUUCCAUUCUAAUCUUAUUUUCUGACAUGCUCUGAAAAUGUAAUCCUGCUCAAUAUGCAUCUGCAAUCAAACCACAAUAAAUCAAUUUCUUCUUAGAUUUUUGCAUUCCAAUUUUCCAAUUGAAUCUAACUUGCAACUUCAUUCAGCAAACUGUUUGGUCCUACAGUGUGUUUGUGUGCUUGAUGUAAAUGUUCUCAGUUUCUCACUUGGGCUGUGGUUUAUUUGUGUUGUCUCUGUAACGACAUCUUUAGUUUUUCUGUUGAAGUGGUACCACAUAGGAAUACGAAGAAAAAAAUAGUUUUAAAAUAUGUGGGGGAAAUGCUGUUAUUGGUGAUAGGAGAUUCACUGAAGCACACAGUGCUGUUACUGCUAACUGUUGACUGAGUUGCAUGUGUGUGUUAGUAAUGUUUCUGUGUCUUUUUCAUGUGUUGUUCAAAAAGCAAGUAGUCUGAAUGAUGAUUACUGUCUGUGUGUGUCACUGUAAAUAACUGACUGGAUUGUAGCCUGUACCGGCUUGAAUUAACAAUCACUUUAGUUAGUUUAAGCAUUUCUUAGCUGUUUCUUGUCAAGUAUUGUGGAGCCAAUUGCAUUUCUUUCCAAUACAAAACAAGACUUUUUGCCAAUUAUUUCUGUCAUACUAACAAUCGAACAGUUACACAAACUGAGGCUUUGCUGUUGAAACACUAUUUUGCAUUUGACUAUCCUUAUUGUAUCUAUACUAUAUUCACACAAUAACAUAUUUCAAAAUAGAGAAAGCUACAAAACAAGAAUAAAGGUGAUGUUGAAUUAUCCUUUUUCAAAGUGUAGGUUUGGUUUCCUUUAGUCUAUAGAACAUCUGUACCAUUAUAUGGAGGUAUACACAAUUAUUGCCAAUACAUUGUGUAAUACCUGUUAUCAAUUGAGCUGCAGGAAGUGAUCAGCCUUAACUGAAUGCAAGGAUUCUGUCGAGCCGUAAGUGGUGUUUUUCAGUAAAACCUUGUUUCUUUCUCAAGCAUCUUUUUGAGCUGCAGCAUCACUGUUAUCAAGGGAUUGGCUUAUGAAUACACUUCUUGGGUGCAUUCAUGUUUGUGUCUGCAUCUUUGUAAAACCAAAAGCCAUACUUUGUUCUUUGUUUUUAUAUUUUUAUCUGAAAAUAUUGUCUGUCGUGGAAAAAAAUAUUUUGCAUACAUUUUUUGUUUUGGGGUUUUGUGACUGUGAAAAGAUUAAACAAAUCAAAUAAAUCUAUCAGUGUGCUGUGA